GAGUAGUAAAGCACGGCUUGUGCGCACGUGUUGAGUGCAGCAAGUUCUUGAGUGUGAAUCUGGGGGUUGUUGGGCAGCGGGGAGUGUGCGUGUGCGUGUGAGCGCGCGCGCGCGCCAAGUUGCAUUUCUCCUGGGAUGGGCGGCUGGGACGCGUGAUCGCCAGAGGCCACGUUAGGGUCCCCAGCGCGGAGGAGGUGCGGCCGGCGGGGCGGGCGGGCGGGCGAGCGCAACGCGCAGCAGCUCCGGCCCCCGCGCCGCGCUCGCUGGCUCGGGGCUCGCUGGGGACUGGCAGGAACCGGAGCAGCACUGCCGCCUCUGGCGCGAAGGCUCAGGCGCCUCCUCCCGCCCCAGUCACUGUGGCUCCGCGCACGCUGCCGGCAGCUGCCCUUUCCGCCUCUCGGGAAGAGGACCCGCGGGCCGCCGUCGCGAUCCAACCAUGGCCUCGGGCCGCAGAGGCUGGGACAGCUCCCACGAGGACGAUCUGCCCGUGUACCUGGCCAGGCCGGGCACCACCGACCAGGUCCCGCGGCAGAAGUACGGCGGUAUGUUCUGCAACGUGGAGGGCGCCUUCGAGAGCAAGACGCUGGAUUUCGGCCUGAGCGUGGGGCAGCGGGGCGCCAAGACUCCCCGGAGCAGCCAGGGCAGCGGCCGCGGCUCGGCGAGCCGCCCCGGCGCCGAGGGGGACACCCCGCGCCGGGGCCAAGGCCGGGAGGAGAGCCGGGAGCCCGCGCCCGCGUCGCCCGCGCCCGCCGGGGUGGAGAUCCGGAGCGCCACCGGCAAGGAGGUUUUGCAGAACCUCGGCCCCAAGGACAAGAGUGACCGUCUUCUGAUCAAAGGAGGCAGAAUUGUCAACGAUGAUCAGUCCUUUUAUGCUGAUAUUUACAUGGAAGAUGGCUUAAUUAAGCAAAUUGGAGACAAUCUGAUUGUCCCUGGAGGAGUGAAGACCAUCGAAGCCAAUGGGAAGAUGGUGCUCCCCGGGGGCAUAGACGUCCACACCCACUUCCAGAUGCCCUACAAGGGGAUGACCACGGUGGACGACUUCUUCCAAGGGACCAAGGCGGCCUUGGCGGGGGGCACCACCAUGAUCAUUGACCACGUGGUGCCUGAGCCUGAGUCCAGCCUGACGGAGGCCUAUGAGAAGUGGCGGGAGUGGGCGGAUGGCAAGAGCUGCUGUGACUACUCCCUGCACGUGGACAUCACCCACUGGAGUGACAGUGUCAAGCAGGAGGUGCAGGGCCUCAUCAAGGACAAAGGGGUGAAUUCCUUCAUGGUUUACAUGGCCUAUAAGGAUUUGUAUCAAGUGUCCAACACCGAGCUGUACGAGAUUUUCACCUGUUUGGGAGAGCUGGGGGCCAUCGCUCAGGUGCACGCUGAGAAUGGGGACAUCAUUGCCCAGGAGCAAACCCGGAUGUUGGAAAUGGGAAUCACUGGCCCAGAAGGCCAUGUGCUGAGCCGACCAGAGGAGCUGGAAGCGGAGGCUGUGUUCCGUGCCAUCACCAUUGCCAGCCAGACCAACUGUCCACUCUACGUCACGAAGGUCAUGAGCAAGAGUGCCGCCGACCUUAUCUCGCAAGCCAGGAAAAAAGGAAACGUGGUCUUUGGCGAGCCCAUCACCGCCAGCCUCGGCACGGAUGGGACCCAUUACUGGAGCAAGAACUGGGCCAAGGCGGCUGCAUUUGUGACCUCCCCACCUCUGAGUCCGGACCCGACCACUCCUGACUACAUCAACUCCCUGCUGGCCAGUGGGGACCUGCAGCUCUCUGGGAGUGCCCACUGCACCUUCAGCACCGCCCAGAAAGCCAUCGGGAAGGACAACUUCACAGCCAUUCCCGAGGGCACCAACGGCGUGGAGGAGCGGAUGUGUGUUAUCUGGGACAAGGCUGUGGCCACGGGGAAAAUGGAUGAAAACCAGUUUGUGGCCGUGACAAGCACAAACGCUGCCAAGAUCUUUAACCUGUACCCCCGCAAGGGAAGAAUAUCUGUGGGUUCCGACAGCGACCUGGUCAUCUGGGAUCCGGAUGCUGUCAAGAUUGUCUCUGCCAAGAACCACCAGUCGGCCGCCGAGUACAACAUCUUUGAAGGGAUGGAGCUGCGCGGGGCUCCUCUGGUGGUCAUCUGCCAGGGCAAGAUCAUGCUGGAAGACGGCAACCUGCACGUGACCCAGGGCGCCGGCCGCUUCAUCCCCUGCAGCCCCUUCUCGGACUAUGUCUACAAGCGCAUUAAAGCCCGGAGGAAGAUGGCGGACCUGCACGCGGUGCCCAGGGGCAUGUAUGAUGGGCCAGUGUUUGACCUGACCACCACGCCCAAGGGGGGCACCCCCGCCGGCUCCACCCGGGGCUCUCCCACGCGGCCCAACCCUCCCGUGAGGAACCUCCAUCAGUCGGGAUUUAGCCUGUCAGGCACCCAAGUGGAUGAGGGGGUCCGCUCCGCCAGCAAGCGCAUCGUGGCGCCCCCUGGAGGCCGUUCGAACAUCACAUCCCUGAGUUAAGCCACCCUUCCCGGAAGAGAGGGGCAGAAGCAAGAAGAGAUUCUUUUGAAGCCAAAAUGGUACACCACUAUUUAAGAAGGAAAGCGAAUCCAAACAGUUUCGAGCUAAAGAAUCAAUAAGCCUCAAGCCUUAUGUUUCUCCAAUGUUACGCUCGCUUGCCUAGCUUUACGAAUAUCGCUUUGUUUUCGGUUUAUGCUUAGCCUAAUGGGGGUUGGAACCCCCUCCCCCCACUUUCAUGCAUGCAAUCAGGCCACUAAGGUAAAAGUCUGCUAUAUAGUGUUGAGAGCGUGUGUAGUGCUGCAUCUUAAGACAAGGGGACAGACAAAGCUGGGACGUCAGGAAAAUGAACACAAGGGAUGCUGGUUAUUCGGGGUCCGUGGGUGGUGGGAGCCCAGAGCAAGGCCGAGGGCUCAGAGGGCUGGGAUAGGGUGUGUACGGGGGGAGGGGCGGCGGGGGGUGAGCUUAAGGGGUCCUAUGUAUUGUGUUGAGGAAGUACCUUUAUUUCCACGGAAGAUGGCCACCUCGGGGCAGCCGGGUCAUUCCCGCACCGUCUGCGGGGUCUGCUGAGAAGGCAGGCGGUCUGGGGUUCCAGACUUUGUUACGUUCCCUCCUAGUAGAUUUUAUUCCUUGAACCAUUUUGUUACAACACCCCCCUCCCCAACCCGCCCCAAUCCAACUAGCGCGUCCCCCUGCUGGGUCGUGCCAGGGUUUGGACGGACCUCUUUCUUGGUGGGGUUUUCCACGUCUUCUCUUCUUUCCUGGGGUUGGGCAGGAAAGGGGAGAGAGGAAAAGCCCUCUCUCUUUCUCUUGCCCUCCCUGGCUCUUUGGUGCUCUUAAAAGGCGGCAGCUGAGAGCACGGCACAGGCGCUGGGGGGGCGGGGGCGCAGCCGCUUAAAUGAGCCUCCCGCUAAACACCUGCUGGUGGUCGCCUCCCUUCUCCUUGCAAACGGAGGCGAGCGGGCAGCUCCUGGCAGGACCGAGUUAGGACUGGAGCCUCGUGUGCCAGCGGUGAGUGACGCUCUUGAUCUCCCGAGACCCAGGCACAUCCUUGAUUGAAUAGGAUUUUGUGGGGAGAGUGUUUUCGCCGGUGUCCCUAACUCCUCUUGGGGAAUCUCAGCGGCUAUGGGAGUCCAGCAGGGAUGUGGAAAAGCCCACGGGGAGCAGAGGGAGCCCUGCCUGUGGUCGUGGUUCUGUUCGUUGGCUCUGUCGCCUUCUGUUAGCUUCUCCUUGGGGAAGACUUGUUUCAGUCUUGGAAUCCCUGGACGAGUGGAAGUGACAUUCGGCCUUCCUGACAUGACGCUUAAAGGAAAUUAGCAUCCAGUGUUAGCUCCCACCUUGUCUGUCAGCCCUGCAUGUCCAGUUUUUUGAAGCAAGUUCUUUGAGGGCGAUGAGGAUUUGUAGAACCAAGCCGCCAUGUGCAGGAAAAACAUAUUCAACCUGGGACCAGCCUUCUGUGCGUGGGGGUGGGGGGUGGGGGAGAGAUCCAGCUGGUAGAUCCCAGACCUUUCAAGAAAAGAGCAGGCCUCAGACACCUUUCAAGCGCUUAGGAGAAGCUAUUAUCUCUGCAGGUGUUAGUAAGCUGAAGACCAGAGAAAAGGGUUGAAAAGGAAUUGGGAAACAGCCAAGGAAGAGGAUUUCUCUAGCAAGCUAAUUUCUGUUCUAGUCAUUACAAAAAAAAAAAAAAAAAAA